GUCGGCAACGUCAUACGCCGUCCCUCGCCCUGUGCGAGACUGGCGGCCAGUGAGUGACCCUUGCUCAUCAUUUCGCGAUCAUAUAUUUGACUACAAGACCCGGCCUCAGUGUUUGCGCUCCCGCUGCUGUUUCCCCCGAUUCCCCUUCUGCAUUGCGAAGACAUCUCUCGUGCAUCACGCCCCACCUUGAACCGAAGCCGUUCAAAGGUACUUACUUCACUUCAUUGCUUCACAAACAAGUAUUUUUGCUAAUAUGUCUUGCCAGCCUUUCCAGAUACCAUGUCUCAAUCAACCGUGGAGCAGCAAAAGGAGGCCGCCGCCGCAUCGGCUGCCGCGCAGCAAUCGGACAACAUCACCCAUGCCUUGGCUGGUGCAGGAGGCGGUAUUAUUUCGAUGGUCUUGACAUAUCCGCUCAUUACGCUGUCCACACGGGCACAAGUCGAAUCGAAACGCGCGCAGACUUCAACUACUGAUGCUAUCCGACACAUCAUUCAGCGAGAGGGCAUCACUGGCCUCUAUUCCGGCCUGACAUCGGCACUUUUCGGGAUCAGUGUCACAAACUUUGUCUACUACUACUGGUACGAAUGGACUCGCGCUGCCUUUGAGAAGGCUGCGGUGAAGGCCGGCCGUGCUUCGAAGAAGCUCACAACCUUUGAAUCUAUAAUUGCGGGUGCCAUUGCUGGCAGUGCCACCGUGCUUAUCACCAACCCAAUCUGGGUCGUCAACACCAGAAUGACAGCUCGGAAAUCGGAGUCAGAUGAGGAGGCUCUGCCAGGAGCUCCCCCUAAAAAAUCACCAUCCACCAUUCAGACCCUCUUGCAGUUGCUUCAAAACGAGGGACCUAGCGCACUCUUUGCUGGUGUUCUUCCCGCUCUCGUUCUUGUGAUCAACCCCAUUCUUCAGUAUACUAUUUUCGAGCAACUUAAAAACACUGUGGAGCGGCGACGACGAGUGACACCAACGGAUGCAUUCUACCUCGGCGCAAUUGGAAAGAUCCUUGCCACAACCAUCACUUAUCCUUACAUCACGGUCAAGAGUCGCAUGCAUGUCGCUAGCAAGGAUGGACCCCGUGAAAGCCUCAAUGGAAGUUUGAAUAGGAUCAUUAAGGAGGAGGGAUAUACCGGUCUAUACAGAGGCAUUACCCCCAAGGUCAGCCAGAGUGCAAUUACUGCCGCUUUCCUUUUCGCUUUCAAGGACGUUUUAUACGACGCGAUAGUUGCUGCGCGAGGAGGUCGCCGUGCUAUUGGCAAGUAAUCCCGACAUAACUAUCUGCAUUUGUGACUCCAUCAAUCCGCGCCAAUAGUGACGCCUUGAACGAAUGCGUCACCGCGACAUAGGGAGAUCAUGAUUGUUCAGUAAGCCAUAUCCGGCCCGGCUACUAUACGAACCCGAUACUGGACGGCUGGCUAUCAGAAAAAAUACAUGCAGCAAUGCUGUCUCGAUGAUGGCAAAAUCACAACCUAAAAUUGAUUGAUGUAUCAACAACAUUCUGUAACAUAAUACGGUUGAGUUUAAUGUAAACGGCUAUGAAGGCUCGAACAAGUUUUCUAGUCGACGAUCUGAAUAUAAAUUCCAAAAAUUUCAAGCUAUCUAUGCAUAGUUUAUAAUGAAUUCAAUGUUAUGCUUUGUGUUG